ACCCUAACUGGCCAUCUCACUGGUCCCUCUUCCUCACACUCCAUAUAAACCCAACCCCAUCCUUCGUUCUUUUCCUCCGUCUCUCUUUAAAAUCACACUUACACAUUUUCUCUUCUCCGGUUUACUUGGCCGCCGCCUUCUUCACUCUUCUGUUUCACUCUCUCUCCGAUCCCCAGGAAAGAGAGAUGGCUGCUCAAAAGGAUGGAUCUUCUUUGGAACUUACCACAGAGACGGUGGGGCAUGCCUUUGUCAAUCAGUUUUACAGUCUUCUGCGUAAUACACCAGGAUUGGUUUAUAAAUUUUAUGAGAACUCGAGCACGAUGAGUCGACCAGGCCCUGAUGGUACCUUGGUCACCAUCACUACUAUGGAAGGAAUCAAGGAUCUCCUUCUUUCGUUAAAUUACCAAGAUUACAAUAUUGAGAUACUUACCGCUGAUGCGCAAGCUUCUUAUAUGAAAGGAGUUAUUGUUUUAGUAACUGGUUGUUUAACGGGGAAGGACAACGUUAGAAGGAAGUUUACUGAAACUUUCUUUCUAGCGCCUCAAGACAAUGGCUACUAUGUACUCAACGAUGUGUUCAGGUUCAUUGAGGAUAAUAAUAUGCCAGUUGUUAAUUCUGUUGAAGAGAAGGAUUUGAAGAAUAUCGAAUCAGGUGCACCUGCAAUGCAUUUGGAAGAGACUACUACUGAAGCUGCUCCAGUAGCUUCAAAUGCUACUGCCGAUGCUCCUAUAAGCCAUACUUCGGAUGUGGAGGUUGAAAUUAAGACAAUUAGUGUAUCCAAAGAUGAAAGUAAACCAAUUGUCAAUGAAAAUGGCGAUAGUCUAACCUCAGUGGAUUCUGGUAACAAUGCUCAAGCAGUUCAUCACACUUUGUCUAAUGGACAUGUGGAUGCUCCCAAGUCGUCAUAUGCUUCAACACUUCUCAAGAAUAUGAAGGAGGGUGCAACUAUGACUCUUGCGCAUAAGCCUACUAAUCCUACAAAAGCUGCUUCUGCAAAUGCAAUAAAGAAGCCUGCACAACAAACUCGUGAUUCUUCUAUGCCUGCUGCACAACAGACUCGUGCUUCUUCUGUGUCUGCAGCGGCUUCUGAAUCUUUUGCUCCCAAGCGAAGCAAUGGAAGUGUUGCUGAAUCUGAAGGAAAGGGUUAUUCCAUAUAUAUUGGUGGUUUGCCUUAUAACGCAACCCCAGAGCAAGUUGAGCAGGAAUUUAAAAAGUUUGGAAGCAUCAGAAGCAAUGGUGUCCAAGUGCGAUCGAACAAGGGUUAUUGUUUUGGUUUCGUUGAGUAUGAGGAUGCCAUCGGGAAACAGAAGGCAAUCGAAAUGGGCAAAAUUGUGAUUGGUGGGAAAGAAGCUACAAUAGAAGAGAAACAAACAGGAACCAAAGUUGUCAAUGGUGUGAGUGUGUACCCUUCUGGACGAGGAGGUGGGUAUAGGAAUGAUGGUUUCAGGGGACGUAACUACUCAAAUGGUGGCCGUGGACACGUAAGAAACGAUUAUGGCAUGCGCAAUGGGGAAGGUUCUUUUCGAGGCAACCGUAACGGGAAUGGAUAUGUUUAUCAGAAUGGUGGUGGAAGAGGCGCCCGUCAAGGGGCUGUCAGAGUUCGAGAGUCAGCUGUUUAGUGUUUACUAAAUUGGUGAUAUAUUAAAGAGAAUUUUGUAGCAAGUAGGACAAGCUUCCCGGCCUCCCCCCUUGAUUCCUCUUUUCUUUCUUUAUCUCUAUUUUGAACUAGGCAAAAUAUUACUCUUUUAAGGUUUGUGAAGAGGGAAAGAUAGAAGUGUGAUUCAAUUUUUAGUAUUAUAAUUUUAUUUAAACUAAAUUUUUAGAAGGCUAGAUAGUGAUUUUUCUACCCGGAGAAAACGAAUAUCGACUGGGCAUUUGUCCGAGGAGUUCAAUCUGUGAAUUUGCUUGUCAUUGUUGCAAGUAAAUCAACUCAAAACAAGAAUCUCAAUUGGAAUUUGGAGAGAUAGUUUAUUUAACUCUAUGGAAAUGUAAGAAGUGUGGAUUAUUUUCUAGAGUUUUGCUGUUGAAUUUAUGCACUUAAUAUUUGUGUUUUCUUCCCGGUGUUA